AUGACCAACUCUUCCACGUCCACCUCCUCCACCACCGGGGGAUCGCUGCUGCUGCUCUGUGAGGAAGAGGAGUCGUGGGCGGGCCGACGCAUCCCCGUGUCCCUCCUGUACUCGGGCCUGGCCAUCGGGGGCACGCUGGCCAACGGCAUGGUCAUCUAUCUCGUGUCGUCCUUCCGAAAGCUUCAGACGACCAGCAACGCCUUCAUCGUGAACGGCUGCGCCGCCGACCUCAGCGUCUGCGCCCUCUGGAUGCCGCAGGAGGCGGUGCUCGGGCUCCUGCCCGCGGGCUCCGCGGAGCCGCCCGGGGAUUGGGACGGCGCUGGGGGCAGCUACCGCCUGCUGCGGGGCGGGCUGCUGGGCCUCGGGCUCACCGUGUCCCUCUUGUCCCACUGCCUGGUGGCUCUGAACCGCUACCUGCUCAUCACCCGGGCGCCCGCCACCUACCAGGCGCUGUACCAGCGGCGCCACACGGCGGGCAUGCUGGCGCUGUCCUGGGCGCUGGCCCUGGGCCUCGUGCUGCUGCUCCCGCCCUGGGCGCCGCGUCCCGGCGCCGCGCCCCCGCGCGUCCACUACCCGGCGCUGCUGGCCGCCGGGGCGCUGCUGGCGCAGACGGCGCUGCUGCUUCACUGCUACCUGGGCAUCGUGCGCCGCGUGCGCGUCAGCGUCAAGCGCGUCAGCGUCCUCAACUUCCACCUGCUGCACCAGCUGCCCGGCUGCGCCGCCGCCGCCGCCGCCUUCCCGGGCGCCCCGCGCGCGCCGGGCCCGGCUGGUGCCCAGCUCCCGGCGCAGGCUCCGCCCCUGCCCGCGGCGUUGCACCCGCGGCGGGCGCAGCGGCGUCUCAGCGGCCUGUCGGUGCUGCUGCUCUGCUGCGUCUUCCUGCUGGCCACGCAGCCGCUGGUGUGGGUGAGCCUGGCCAGCGGCUUCUCGCUGCCCGUGCCCUGGGGCGUGCAGGCGGCCAGCUGGCUUCUGUGCUGCGCCCUGUCGGCGCUCAACCCGCUGCUCUACACGUGGAGGAACGAGGAGUUCCGCCGCUCCGUGCGCUCGGUCCUGCCUGGUGUCGGCGACGCGGCGGCCGCUGCUGCCGCCGCCACGGCCGUGCCCGCGGUGUCCCAAGCUCAGCUGGGCACUCGCGCCGCCGGCCAGCACUGGUGA